AUGCUUGUUACCAAUUCAUAUUUAACUGGAUUUGUAUUAGGAAUCGAGACACUUUCGAUGGGUUUAUUUACAUUACAAAACGAUCUUAAACAAAUUGAAUAUCAAGAUUCUUUAUGUAUUAUUCGAGGAUAUUUAAGUUAUAGUUUAUGUGCUGUAGAAAAUUAUUCUUUUUUAGCAGAAGCAUUAUAUCGUUACAUGAUGGUAGUUUAUCCGAAUUAUUUAUUUUGGCAAUCAGCACGAACACAAUUACUAUUUCUUUGUUCAACUUGGAUAUUUGCUUUAAUAUUUCCUGUUCCAUUUAUAUUUACUGGUGGAAUAAUCUAUAAUGUUGAUAAUCAAAUAUGUCAAUUACCAUUUCAAUGA